CUGGGGGAGCAGGGUUGGCGCGGGGCGGCGACCCCCAACUGUCGUCGUGUCCCCUCGCUACGGGCGGCUGGCGUCUGCCGCUGUCGGGAGCGCGGCCCCGGCAACGAGUGACGGCGGGUGUGCGGCACGCGCCAUUGGUCUGCUGCGCCCGCGGCCGCCCGGCCUUGCCGGCCUCUCCCGGUGACCUUCGGGGCCGGCGGCCCGGCGACGCGGACCUGGCCAGGCCGAGGCGGAUCCGGAGGGCAGUGUCAGCACCAGGCUCCGUCGGCGCCCCCGCUCCUCGCUACGUUUUUGCUGCCCUGUCCAGCCCCCAGGGUAGGCCGGCGCCUGGGGCGAGGAGCUGCGGGAGGACCCCGGGCUGCAAGUUUCGCCCAAGGAGAACCCGCCUAGCAACUCGUGACGAAAGUAGACCGAGGCGCCCGGGAUUGGCUGCGCCGCGACCUACCCAGGUGCGGCGUUCCUCCUUCGAUUUCCUCCCAUUCACAGACCCUUUUGCUUCCAGGGCAAACUACAUCAUGGAGUGAGUGUACAGAACAUCCUGUUACAAAGGCAUGAGAAGAGAACAUCCUGUAGUGGCCACUCCUGCCCAUCGUGGAGGGAGCAGAAACUGCAGAGCUGAGGAGUCCUAUGGCUUUGUCUCCUCUCGGAGAAUGCAAUCCGGAGACGGCCUGGCCAAGGCUCUGAGUGAAGGGUGAAGCUGGCUGCAGCCCACCCGAGAAAAAGCUGCAGAGCCUGCCCACAAGAGAAGGAACCUGGUGUCUGCCAGCCAGCUUCCCAGGCCUCCCGUUCCUCCCUCUGCCACCCCCUUUGCAGGCUUUCAGAAAACCGAGUAACACGCAGUUGGAGGAGGUGGACCCCGGAGUGGGAGAGGCACCUUUCCCGGCCAGCCUGGCCCCAGCCUGCAUCCCGAGGGCGCCCCGGCCCAGACCUCGCCAUGCUCGCGGGAUCAGAGGCGGCGGCGGCAGGAAGGCCCUACAUGUGCAGUGGGUGCGGCAAGAGCUUCCGCUACAGCUCGGUGUUGCUGCGCCACGAGCGCGCCCACGGCGUCGACGGCUGCUACCGCUGCCUAGACUGCGGCGAGCGCUGUGCCUCGGCGGCCGACCUGCGCGCCCACCGGCGCGCCCACGCAGGCCAGACACUCUACGUCUGCGGUGAGUGCGGCCAGAGCUUCCGCCACAGCGGCCGCCUCGACCUGCACCAGGGCGCGCACCGGCGGCGCAGCUCCCGCGCUUGCCGCGCCUGCGGCCGCCGCUUCCCACACCACCCGGCUCUGCUGCUGCACUGGCGCCGCUGGCACCCCCCCGAGCGGCCGCGCCGCUGUCCCCUGUGCGCCCGCGCCUUCCGGCAGAGCGCGCUGCGGUCCCACCAGGCGCGGGCGCACCCGUGGGCCCUGCCCGCCGUGCCCGGCCCCCCGCCCCUCCGCGGCGCGCAGGGCCCACGGGCCUUCGGCAGCCACACGGAGCCACGGAGCCGCGGCCGCGCGGCCCCGAGCCCCAGCGAGUCCGCAGGGCCUCCGCCCGCGCCGGCCACGCACCAGUGCGGUGUGUGCGGGAAGAGCUUCGGCAAGAGCUCCACACUAGCGCGGCACCUGCACACGCACUCGGGGGAGAGGCCCUUCGCGUGCCCCGAGUGCGGAAAGGGCUUCCAGGAGAGCGCCACGCUGGUGCGCCACCAGCGGACGCACACGGGGGAGAAGCCGUUCGCGUGCGGGGACUGCGGGCGCCGCUUCAGCGAAAGCUCCACCCUGGUGCGCCACCAGCGCAGCCACCAGGGAGAGCGGCCGCACGCGUGCCCCACGUGCGGCAAGGGCUUUGGGCAGCGCUCCGACCUCGCGGUGCACCAGCGCAUCCACACGGGCGAGAGGCCCUUCCCGUGUGCCGAGUGCGGCCGCCGCUUCAGCGACCGCUCCGACCUCACCAAGCACCGGCGCACGCACACGGGCGAGAGGCCCUACCGUUGUGAGCUGUGCGGCAGACGAUUCACAUGCGUGUCCAACCUCAACGUGCACCGGCGCAACCACGCCGGCCACAAGCCCCACAAGUGCCCCGAGUGCGGCAAGGCCUUCAGCGUGGGCUCCAAGCUGGCACUGCACCGCAAGACCCACCUGGGUGAGCGGCCGGCCGAGUGCGCCGAGUGUGGCAAGUGUUUCAGCCACAGCCGUUCGCUGUCCCAGCACCAGCGGGCCCACGCUCGGGCACAAGCCGCCGGCGCUGCCACCCAAGCCACCGCAGCAGCCGCAGUCCUCUUCGCCAGGCAGGCAGAGCAGGAAAAGCCUGGCCUCUGGUGUCCUAGUUGAGGGACACCUGCUGAGAAGCGUCUUGGGAGGCGGCUGGGCAGGGACUGAAGCACUGGCACAGCGAUAGUGGGGCACCCGGCAGGUGGAGGUCCGCGCGAGGUCACCGUGGCUGCCCGCGGCCUUCCCACGCCCCCGCUGGUAACCCUGCCACAGUACCCCCGCUCUUUGCCUUGCCAGCUCUUCCUGCCCACAUCCUUCCUGCUCCCCCACCCCACCCCCCCACCCCACCCCAGCUGUGGAUGCAGGGAGCUUGGGAAGAGAGCCAGGGCCCGUAGAAGCCGGCUGCCGCCACUGUGCCCUCAGAUGUUUCUUUCCUCUCUUCCCACCUGUGCUGGAUCUUCUCUUGUCCCAGCCCCUUUUUCCAGCCUGGGCCUCCUCUCGCUCUUCUUCCUGGGGACUUUUGUCGUCCUACCUCUUCAGGUAGUGACCACAGAUGUGGCUACAGCGACAGCCCACCCACCUUGUGGUCAUCUUGCCUCUUGGUUCUACUUGACAGUCUCUUUGCCGCUUUCUCCCUGGGCUCUGAGGGAUGGGAUUUGUAGGCAGAUGAUGGGAUCGCUCAUUUCAGUGAAAGAUCUCAUGCCAGAAGUAUGCAGCCUGUGGGAGAAAGCCUACCUACCAUGACAGUAGACAGGAGCCCUCAGCAAAGUACCCACCUGCCCCAUGGGUCAGACAUGAUCACGGUGUCCAGAUCAGAGUGCCUCUCCGGGCAAUAUUCUGCAGCUAGGGACAUUAACUUUGGGACCUGAACUGAGACCCCAUGGGGUCCAUAAAGCAGAGUACUGCCAAGUGGAGCUUUCAGAGUGGGCUUUCCAAAUCAAACUUGGAGCCAUGGGGAACUGAGCUACAUGGAGCCAACAGUGCAGAAAGUCUGAAUUGACCAGCGAUUUUUUUUUUUUUUUUUUUUUUUUUUUGCUUAUGGCUGGAGAAAUAAAGAUUGUUUGGGUUCCAGA